ACCGAGAAACUAUAAUGGCCCGAACCAAGCAGACCGCCCGUAAAUCCACCGGAGGAAAAGCUCCCCGCAAGCAGCUGGCCACCAAGGCUGCCCGGAAGAGCGCCCCGGCCACCGGCGGUGUGAAGAAGCCCCAUCGCUACAGGCCCGGUACCGUGGCUCUGAGGGAGAUCCGCCGCUACCAGAAGUCCACCGAGCUGCUGAUCCGCAAGCUGCCCUUCCAGCGCCUGGUGAGGGAGAUCGCUCAGGACUUCAAGACCGACCUGCGCUUCCAGAGCUCCGCCGUCAUGGCGCUGCAGGAGUCCAGCGAGGCGUACCUGGUCGGCCUGUUCGAGGACACCAACCUGUGCGCCAUCCACGCCAAGAGGGUCACCAUCAUGCCCAAGGACAUCCAGCUGGCCCGCCGCAUCCGCGGGGAGCGCGCAUAGUCUACCACUGACCUGAGAUCAGCCCAGAGGACAACCAACGGCUCUUUUAAGAGCCACUCACACGCACUGACUGAGCUACAGGUGGUCCUGUGAUGGAGAGACAUGUUGACAUGCACACACAACGUAGAGCUUAAUGAUAUUAUUAAAUAUACACAUACUGGAUUUUACAACAUUUAUAUACAUGUUGUAUUUAUUGCAUAUAGAUAAAUGGUCACUUUGGCUCCAGAUUUAAAACCUGCUUCUUAUUUGCUGGUUGUGAUGCAUUAUAGGAGAUUCUGUUCUUUGUGUGUUUUACCUCCAAACUAGGAAGCUUACUGUGAAAAGAGAGUUUGAAUACAUUCCUAUAAAUGUGAUGUCAUCGCUAACUGUUAUAAAUGCUUCUGUUCACAUGUC